AUGACCUCAUUAAACAACAGUCACUUCAGGCCUUUUCUUCUUACUGGCUUUCCUGGAUUGGAAGCAUUUCAUCCACAGAUCUCUAUAGUAUUCUGCUUUCUCUACUUGAUUGCCAUUCUGGGAAAUGGCACCAUCCUGGUUGUGAUCUGGGAAGAAGAGACACUCCAUGAGCCCAUGUACCUCUUCCUUUCCAUGUUAGCAGCCAGUGACCUGGGAAUCUGUGCCACCACUCUGCCCACCUUGCUCAAGCUCUUCUGGUUUAAUGCCCCUGAAAUCAACAUUGAUGCCUGCCUCGUCCAGAUGUUCUUCAUCCAUGUCUUCUCCCUCAUGGAGUCCGGCAUUCUACUCUCCAUGGCUUUUGAUCGCUAUGUGGCUAUCUGCAACCCUCUCCGGUAUACAGCUAUCCUGACCAAUUCUGUCAUCAUGAAAAUUGGCUUAGGGCUCCUGGUUCGGGCUGUCUCAGUCAUCUUUCCAGCACCAUGGCUUAUCAAGCAGAUGAAAUUUUGUAAGAGCAAUGUCCUUUCCCAUUCCUAUUGCCUUCACCCAGAUAUCAUGAAGCUCUCCUGUUCUGACCAGCGGAUAAGUAGCAUCACUGGCCUCAUCGUCAUCAUCUCCACCUUUGGUAUGGACUCUCUGCUCAUCCUCCUAUCCUACCUGAAGAUUCUUAUCAUGGUGCUGGGCAUUGCCUCUCAAAAGGAACAGCUCAAGGUCCUCAACACUUGUGUCUCUCACAUCUGUGCUGUCUUGCUGAUCUACAUCCCCAUGCUUGGUGUGUCCAUUAUCCACCGCUUUGGAAAGUAUGUCUCUCCUGUGGUUCACAUCAUUAUGGGUUAUGUGUACUUGCUAAUCCCUCCUGUUCUCAACCCCAUUGUCUACUGCACCAAGAACCAUGAAAUUCGCUCCCAUGUCAUUAGGCUCUUUCAGCCAAAAUAA